AUGGCACAAAAAGUUAAUAAAAAAGAUCAAGUUUGGAAUGAGCUGAACGUAAGUCAUCAUGACUUCAUGGAACUUGCUGAAGAAUUUGAUAUUACAAACUAUGAGGAUAAAUUCAUGAAUAUCAUUGCCUUAUUCAUUAUAACAUUCUCAAUGUUAGGCAUAUUGGCUAACAUUCUCAUUGUAUGUACAUCAUAUUCGAAAAUCAAAACAAACUACCGACAUUUUAUCGCCAAUUUAGCUGUUGUUGAUAUAGCUUGCUGUCUAGUUUAUAUAUUUAUGGGUUAUAUUAAUAUAUUAGAUUUACAAACGAAACUAUCUGUCAGUAUGAUGACCUAUUCUGCCUUAGCUUUUUACGGAUCAUUUGGUGUUAUGAUUUGGGCUGUUUUGCCAAUUUCGAUAAGUCGGGUCUUGGCAUUAACUCAUAGCGGAGCCUAUAAAUCGCUUUGUUAUGGAGGGAUGUCGAUUAUAUUCUGUUUACUGGCUGACUUUUUGCCCGUUACAUUACUUUAUAUAAUAAGCCUUCAAGAUUAUAAUAGCGCUCGCAUAACGUUCAUCUUCUAUGGAUUCAUAACGGUUGUUGCGUAUGUUAUUGCAUUUGUAUCAAACUAUAUGGUUUUUCAAAUAGUUGCUCGUCACAUUCAUGUUGUUCAAAAUUUACAAGACGAAGCGCGGCUACUUGAAACUCGACAAGUGGCUUUUGCAACACUCGCACAAGCCAUUGUUCCAUUAAUUUGUCAAGUGCCAGCCUUUUUGACAUUAUCAUCUGCUAUAUUGCUAACAGAGCCAAUAACAAACUCAACCAUAAUUACAAUAACACAAUUAUGGUUAGCAAGCAGUCCAUUGCUAGAUGCUCUCAUUACGGCAGUUGUUAUCAAACAAUACAGAAAACAAUGGAAAGUCUAUGCUGGAUGGCUAUGUAGCAUACUUCGACGAACGAAACAGAACAAAGCUACAUUGACUGUUAAUUUAGAAACAAAUCUAUUAGCUACACAGCUUUGA